AUGAAAACGUUUGCAUCCCUAUCUGGAUUGCAUCAUGCGAAAAAAUGUGUAAAUGAGAUGGUGAUAUGGCCUUUGUUACGCCCUGAUAUUUUCAAAGGUUGUCGUUCUCCAGGAAGAGGACUUCUUUUAUUUGGCCCCCCAGUGGGAGAGGGUGAAAAGCUUGUUCGGGCUCUUUUUGGAGUUGCCAGAUGUCGUCAGCCAGCAGUAAUAUUUGUGGAUGAAAUUGAUUCACUGUUGUCCCAGCGUAAUUCAAAUUCUGAGCAUGCGGCAAGCAGGCGAAUUAAGACGCAGUUUCUGAUUGAAAUGGACGGAUUCGACAGUGGAAGUGAACAAAUUCUACUCAUAGGAGCAACAAAUAGACCACAAGAUUUAGAUGAAGCAGCUAGGAGGCGAUUGACCAAGAGAUUUUAUAUUCCACUCCCUUCUGCAGAAGCAAGAGCCUGGAUAGUCCAUAAUCUUUUAAACAAGGAUGGGCUUUUUAAACUCUCAACAGAGGAUAUUGAUACCAUAUGCAAAUUAACAGAUGGGUAUUCAGGAUCUGAUAUGACGAAUUUAGUCAAAGAUGCUUCCAUGGGUCCAAUCAGAGAGGUUUUGAAACAAGGAGCUGAGAUUACUAAUCUUAAAAUGGAGGAUAUGAGAUCAGUUACUCUACAGGACUUUAAGGAUGCACUACAGGAGGUGAGACCUUCUGUUUCUCAGAAGGAACUUGGCAAAUAUGAAGAGUGGAACAACCAAUUUGGAACAUCAAAAACCAUGUAG